AAAUCGAGAGUUAGCUCCGACAACAUCGCACAAUUGAUCCUCACUUCAUUCCCAAACCAAACCAUAGGCAUAUAGCGUACAGCUGUCUUUACUUGUGUUGUUAUGUUAAUAGUUUUUGUGCAAAAAAAUUUAACAGCCUAGUGUUAUAAUUGUAUAACUGCGACUUGAAAUAAAUUCUGUGUGACAUGGAGACGCUUGAUAUUAUAGUGUUUAGAGUGUUUUAAAAGUUAUAACUGAAAAGUUAAAUCCGGUUUAUAUAAAUUAAUUAUGAUUUAAGCUGAAUUAUAAUCUUAUUAUAGUGAAUAGAGUUAUUACUGUGUAGAUUUGAAUAUCAAUAAACAUUUUCAAAAUGAUUAACUUCGAUUAUGAAUACUUGGACAGCGAGCAAUUAGCAGGAUUUGACAAAUAUAAGUACAGCUGCAAGGAUACAGGAUUACUCAGUAUAUAUGUUAUGCACCCAUUUUGGAAUUGGGUUGUCGAGUUUUGUCCAAAACAGAUAGCGCCAAAUCUAUUGACGUUUUCUGGCUUUGCCUUCACUGUAUUAACAACUGUUAUGUUCAUGGUAUUGGACUACUAUUUUUAUGCCUCCGACCAAAUUGGUCAUCCAGAAAUACCGUCAUUACCUAGAUGGACUUUCAUGUUGGGAGCUAUUUUCAUUUUCCUGGCGUAUACCCUAGAUGGGAUUGAUGGAAAACAAGCAAGAAAAACGGGGACCAGUGGCCCGCUGGGUGAACUUUUUGAUCAUGGUUUAGAUUCGUACUCUGCUGGACUGAUACCCUUAGCAGUGUAUUCCAUUUUCGGAAGAGGGGAUUACUACAGUUUAGAUGUCUAUCGAUUUUAUUUUAUGAUGUGUAACAUUCUUCUGAACUUCUAUUCUCCACACUUUGAAAAAUAUAACACUGGCCUCCUCUUUUUGCCUUGGGGUUAUGAUUUUUCCAUGUGGGGUACUAUUAUAGUGUUCGCAAUCACUGGGGUAGUUGGCCCUGAAUUUUGGCAAUUCAAACUAGAGAAUGGCAUCAAAACAGGGACAAUUUUUGAACUAAUUAUUUAUGGUUCAGCUCUCCUCACCAAUGUACCUAUUAUAGCUUAUAAUAUUUACAAAUCAUACAAGGAGAAAACUGGUUAUAUGAGAACUUUCAGUGAAGCUGUGAGACCCUUGGUGCCUGUUACAAUUUUAUUUGUUAUUUGCACUGUAUGGGUUAUGUUAUCACCCACACGUAUAUUAGAAAGAGACCCUCGGAUGAUUUAUUUGAUCCUUGGAACUAUAUUUUCGAAUAUUUGUUGUCGACUUAUUGUAUCCCAAAUGAGUAGCAGCAGAUGUGACAUCUUCAAUUGGUUAUUUAUUCCAUUACUAUUAGUUGUUUUGUCGUCUCUUUUUGUGAAGAUAGCAUUCUUGGAACUUUUAUUGACUUACAUAUUAUGUGCUUUGGUGACCGCUGCUCACCUUCACUAUGGAACUUGUUUGGUUCGACAAAUGUGCCGACACUUCGAUAUCAACUGUUUCUCCAUCAAAAACAAAAAUUAAUUCUUUCUCCUACAAGGCACCACUUCAGUUUCAUCAUCUAUCAACUGAAUAUUUACUAAUUGUAUUUUUUGUACAUUUGUAUGUAAUUUAUCUAACAAACUGAAGAUUUAAUUUUAUCUAUUAUUCCUGAAGUAAAUUAUAUUUUACUCAUUUUCGAUGAAAGGUUGUAUAUAUUUAUUACAGUUUAAUUUUAGCAGCUUUUGAGGUUAUUUAGGAUGUGUUUUUACAUAUGUAUUUUAAAGUUUCUGUGUAGAACAGACAAGCCAAAGAUGAAUUUGAGUCAUAAAAAUAGCAACAUUUUUCUUUAAUAGGCCUAAUAAAUGUAAUAGUUUGAAGUAUUAUUCAAGUGAAUGUUGUAUAGCAUGAUUGGGAGAGAAAGGAUUUAUAAUUGAGAAGCAUUAUUGCUCAAUAUAGAAUCAUUUAAUUUCUUUUAAAAAAAUUAUUUUCAGUGCAAGUUCCAGAGAAUAUUUUUCAGGGACAAGUGUAUAAUUUGUCUCACUAUAAUGUUUUUGCAAUAUGUAUGGCUGAAUGUAAAACUGUGUUAAAAAAUAAAAUCUGCAACUUCAAUUGUAA